AUGUGCACCUCGAGCGCGACUCUCUUCUACGGCGUCUGCGUCAAAGCGAUGUCUCUCCUUGUCGCUGCCCGCGCCUGGCCCGACAUCGAACCUGUUUACCUCGCCGUCGACCUGAUCCGAGCGAGGAGGAGGCGGGGAGACUUGCGAGUCGAGGUCUCGGCAGGAACCAAAACUGUCGCCGACUUGCCGGACGAAAUAUGGGAGGCGGUCAAGGUCGAACUGUCGAGCGACAUCUUCGUUGAGGCGGCGGACAGCUUCGUUCGGAGCUAUCACCGGGACCCGGACUGUGACUGUCGGAGCUGUCUCGCUGCCAGCUCAGGGGUACUUGAUAUCUGGUAUCUCGCUGGCUGCGACGCCUGCAUCGACGACUUCCUGCACUCUGGCGGGCUGCGUGAUUGGUACGCGAAGGAGAAGGAGAGUAUCGAAGUCGUAUUGCGUCCAUUCAGGCUCACCCUCGCAGCACCUGAACUCGUCAGUCGCAAGAAAGACUCCGGAGGUGCAUGGUUUGAUCUCGACGUUUCCUGCGCCAUUGCGAUCCCGCUCUCCUCGCAUGCAGGAAGCGACUACCCCUCUACAGAGUGCGAAACGAUCGACGACGGAGGAGGCGGCGGCGAAUCUCACGCCAUGAUUGACUUCGACGAGCACAUCUUCGAGCUUCCUCACGACGCACGCGCUCGCUUCCACCGCCUGUUCACCACAUUCCCACAACUCGAGGCCGACUACUACCCGACUAUGACCGUCUCGCGUCAGCCCCCGCCGCCGCCGACUCCGUCGGACAAGAACGUUAGGGCCGUCGAUCCGUCGCGGCAGAAGAGGUUGGAGGGGAACAGGAAAGGGAGGGUUCCGAGGUGGCUAUUGUGGACCCGUGCGUACGAGUGCGCAUGA